AUGGCAAUGCAACUCGAUCUAUCGCAAGCUUCGGUGGUGAAAGAUGAGCAGGGACGGCCCUUCAUCGUCGUGCGGGAUCAAGGAAAAAAGACGAGACAACAUGGUAUCGAUGCGGUCAAGUCACAUAUUGUUGCGGCGAAAACCGUUGCGAGCAUCGUCAAGACAUCCCUGGGUCCUCGUGGGCUGGACAAGAUCCUCAUCUCCCCGGACGGCGAUAUUACUGUAACAAAUGAUGGAGCUACGAUUUUGUCGCAGAUGGAAAUUUCGAACAACGUCGCCAAGCUUCUUGUUGAAUUGUCAAAGUCUCAAGAUGACGAGAUUGGAGAUGGAACAACCGGUGUCGUCGUAUUGGCCGCUUCGCUUCUCGAGCAAGCAUCUGAAUUGAUCGACAAAGGAAUUCACCCUAUCCGUAUUGCCGACGGUUACGACCAAGCUUGCGAGAUCGCCAUUGCAGAACUCGACAAGAUCAGUGACGCAAUCCCAUUUUCAAAAGACAACACAGAAAACUUGACAAGGGUUGCAAAGACGUGUUUGGGCAGCAAAAUCGUCUCGAAAUCUCACGAACAAUUCGCCAAUAUCGCCGUGGAUGCCGUACUUUCUGUUGCUGAUCUAGACCGAAAAGAUGUGGACUUUGAACUUAUCAAGGUCGAUGGCAAGGUUGGCGGUUCACUCGAGGAUUCGAUUCUGGUCAAGGGAGUCAUUGUCGACAAGGAUUUCUCACACCCCCAGAUGCCUUCCGAGGUCCGCGACGCGAAGCUGGCCAUCCUCACAUGCCCAUUCGAGCCCCCGAAGCCCAAGACAAAGCACAAGCUUGAUAUCACAUCCGUGGAGGAGUUCAAACGGUUACAGUCAUACGAGAAGGACAAGUUCACAGAGAUGAUUCAACAACUCAAAGAUUCCGGCGCCAACCUCGUCAUUUGCCAGUGGGGUUUUGAUGACGAGGCCAACCAUUUGCUUCUACAGAACAAAUUGCCGGCUGUUCGAUGGGUCGGUGGUCCUGAGAUUGAGUUGAUUGCCAUCGCGACGAACGGACGCAUUGUUCCACGUUUCGAGGACCUGAACGAAGACAAACUCGGAACAGCUGGACUAGUCCGAGAAUUGACUUUUGGAACAACUCGGGAGAAGAUGCUUGUCAUCGAAGAGUGCGCCAACAGCCGUGCGGUUACAGUGUUUGUGCGCGGUAGCAACAAGAUGAUCAUCGAUGAGGCCAAGCGAUCGCUACACGACGCUCUUUGCGUUGUCCGUAACUUGGUCACAGAUAACCGUAUCGUUUACGGUGGCGGUGCAGCUGAAAUUGCGUGCUCAAUCGCUGUCGAGGACGCUGCUGUUAAGAGCCCUGGCAUUGAACAAUAUGCCAUGCGUGCCUUUGCUGAUGCUCUGGACGCCGUUCCGUUGACGCUGGCCGAGAACUCUGGCCUGAACCCCAUUGAAACACUCGCUUCUAUCAAGUCACGACAAGUCAAGGAGAAGAACACCCGACUUGGUGUCGACUGCAUGUUGACGGGCAAUAACGGUAUACAUGAGAGAACACUUUGUCAUCGACCCUCUUAUCGGAAAACGCCAGCAACUGCUGCUCGCGACACAGCUAUGCCGCAUGGUUCUGAAGAUCAACAAUGUGAUCAUCGCUGGCGACGACCAAAACGACUUCUAGAUACGUUAAUGUGUACACCAGAGUUGUGCGAGUCUUGUUUUGAUAAGGACUACUACCAUCCUUCACUAAUGUCGGACAAACCCCUCGUCCUCGUCACUGGAGGAACUGGCUUCCUCGGCGCAUGGGUCAUUGUCCACCUCUUCGGACAAGGUUACAAUGUACGCACAACAGUGCGCUCACUAUCGCGCGCCGACGGUAUCAAGGACCAGCUGCGCCAGGCCAAAAUCAGCGAUGACCAAAUCUCGUCGUUGCAGGUUGUCCAAGCCGACCUACUCAAGGAUGACGGAUGGACCGAAGCUAUGAAAGACGUCACGUUUGUUCAGCACGUUGCGUCCCCUUUCCCAUCGAGCCCGCCCAAGCAUGAGAACGAUCUCAUCAGGCCGGCGCGUGAUGGUACUCUGCGUGUCCUUCGUUUCGCUCGCGAUGCGGGAUCAGUCAGUCGGAUCGUGGUAACCAGCAGUUUUGCCGCGGUUGGGGCUGACUUCCCUGAGCAACGCCGCAAGUUCGGUCCCCCGUUUACAGAGGAGGACUGGACUGAUACCGAGUCCAAAACCCUUGCUCCUUAUCCCAAAUCCAAAACUCUCGCAGAGCGGGCUGCGUGGGAUUUUAUCAAAAGAGAAGGAGGCAAGCUUGAGCUCGCUGUCAUCAAUCCUGUUGCAAUUUUCGGCCCUGUGCUGGGGAAAGACCUCAGUACUAGCGUGCACGCAGUCAGUGAACUCUUGGAAGGCAGCAUACCAGGUAUUCCCCGUUUGAAUGUGGCGGUCAUCGAUGUCCGCGACUGUGCUGAUAUGCAUUUGCGCGCCAUGACUAAUCCCAAGGCCAAGGGGGAGCGAUUCAUAUGUAUUGGUGAAGGGGGCAUCUGGCUUGAGGACGUAGCAAAGACGUUGCGAGAGAACUUGGGCGACAAAGCACGAAAUGUCCCAAAGUUUGUUCUGCCCAAUUUGCUUGUUCGUGUGGUAGCCAUUUUCCUACCUAUUGCCCGGCUCAUUGUGAAGGAUUUGGAUGAAGAGCACAGACUCAGCAAUGAAAAGGCCAAGGACGUUUUGGGAUGGCAGUGGCAGUAUAGCACCAAGGAGGCUAUUAUGGCAUCGGCGAAUAGUCUGAUCGAGCUAGACGCUGUGAAGGUUUAA